GUACAUAAAGUGUAACGGAUUUACUUGAUUUAUAACAUAUUUUGAAAAUGCUUGCCAGGGGACCUCGCCCAAACCAAAAAGGGGAGAAAACAUGGUGAAGGCCAGCGAACUUGUGAAAUGGUCCUUACUAUUUGAAGAUAGUGAUAGCGCCAUACUUAUGAGAAUUGAGUUCCUUGUUGUGGCCAUUGCGGCAAUCUUGGUCCUGAUGUCAUUCUUGGACAUGUUUCGUCGUCAAUCGCGCCACUCCAACAUCAAGUACUUCUUGCUUGUCCUCGACGCCAUAAGCGAUUCCUCAUUCAUCUACACAAUUGGGUUAAUGCAGAGUGCGCCCUUCAAGAAGGAUCUGUUUUCAAUAUGGGCGCUCAUAUUGGUCAACCUCCGGUUCAAUGCUUGCUUCAUCUCGGCAUACGGUAUCCCUGACCAAGACAACAGCCGCAUUUACGAGUUGACAAAGGUGAUGUCGCUUCUAGGGGUGGCCUUCUUAAUCGGCACACACAACAGUCAGUUCAAGCAUCCGAUCUGGGUACUCUGGGCAAUGCAGCAAGUGAGAAGUAUGUACCUAAUACUUGCGUACCAUUGGGCCACAAGAUCCUUCUUGCACGGUUGGAGCUCGCCGCUUCUGACAGCAUACAUGGGUACCGAGGUUGGUAUUUCUAAGGAGGGGGAUCCAACCACAAUGGUUGCGUACAAGUACUUGGUCUCUGGAGAUCAGGAGCAGAAGGUCAAACUGCAGGCGCCUGGGUAUAAAUUUUAUCUGAAAGUCGAGUCAGAGGGAGAUCAGGAGCAGAAGGCGCCUUGGUAUAAAAAAUGUCUGAACCUUUCAAAAACAAUUUUUGGUGUGAAAGUUGAGUCAGAGAGGAGGUUCAUCACUCUUGAUAAGACUUGGGAGCAGCUCAAAAACCAGCAUUCAGACACGGAUGCAGGGGGCGGCCAACUAUCAUGGGCUAAAGACCUGUGCCUGUCCUUUGCCCUAUACCGGCUACUCCGUUGCAGAUUUGACGACUUACCCCUGCCAGCCGAGAGCAUUAAAAGCACCAGAAAAUUAAUGUAUGAAAUUAUUGGCAAGAAGGACGAAGAUUUGCCUGCACAAACAGACCACCACGCUGAGAGAGCAUUCACCGCAGAUUUGCCUGCACAAACAGACCACCAUGCUGAGAGAGCAUUCAGAAUUGCUAAAUUGGAGCUAGCAUUCCUCAACGAUUACUUCUACACAAGAUACCCCGUCCUGUUUUGGCGUGGCUUCCCGCUGAUUUUUGCUUGGUACCCUCCCUUGACCAUUGCUCUCAUCGCUUGGCUUGGAAGGGACAUCCACAAACUCUACAAGCCUAAGAAGGGGGAAACUGCGCACGUUGUACAUGGGUUCAAUGUUGAUCUCAUCAUCACAUGGAUAUUCAUGGGCGUUAUCGUGCUGAAGGAGUCUUGGAAGGUGCUCACCUACUUGUUGUCCGACUGGACCAAGGUGAUGCUGCUGUGUGAAUACACUUCGAGGACCCUCAAGUGGAUUCCACAGUGGCUGUGGGAGUUCUUGGUUGGGAUCUUGUGCAAACCAGAAUGUAGAGUUGUGCGCCGUUGGCACAACAAGAUCGGUCAGUACGAAUUCUUGCGGUCAUUUGGUCACAAUCCUAGGAACAUUCCUUACUGGUUAAGCCUUGGCUUGGUCCCAAGAGAAAUUAGAGGUGCAAAACUAGGCUCCCCAACGAAGCUUUCAAGAGAUGUGAAAGUUGCCGUUCUCAAGUCACUUCACUCGUUACAUCUUAAGGAGAACUCAAACUCACUAGAGUCAGACCUGCCAACUGAUCUCAGGCAGUUCCCCUUUAAGAAGACUUUCGAGCUGCCAACAUGGUGCCACAGCAUUCUUGUGUGGCAUAUGGCAACAAGCCUCUGCGAGAUUGAGCUUGCCCAACGCUACAACACAAGCUUAACCACCUCUGAGUUACUGUGCGCAAUCAAGACUGCUCUCAGUUGUUUCUCCUCCCAGCCAUAUCUUAUAAAGGAAGAUAGAAUUGAAGGGGCGCUGCGAGCUAAUUAUAUAGCCGCCAACAGUAUAUCGCGCUACUGUGCCUAUCUGCUUGUUAAAGAACCAGAUUUGCUACCUGACAGUUUCUUAACUGCCGAUGACAUAUUCAGAAGGACCGUCGAUGACGCUUCAGAUAUCCUGAAUGGCUGUGACACCCUGCAAAGCAUAUACAGAACGCUGAUUCGAGAAGGAGUGCCUCAACAAGACGGCAACACAAGUGGGCAAACCAUGGAAAGAUCAAAGGCCCGUCCAAAUAUGAUACUUGAGAAUGCCGCAGAGCUUGCCCGGUCUUUGAUUCAUAAGUUCAGUGACGACGUAGUUCGUUGGAAGGUCCUCGCAGAAGCCUGGGCCUAUAUACUGGUACACACAGCCCCCUCAUGGAAUGCCUCUGCUCACAAGAAAUGCCUCGCAACAGGUAGUGAGUUCAUAACACAUAUAUGGGUCAUUCUUUCUCAUUGCAACAUCCAGAGCAGCAAACGCUGGCCAUAUCAAGAACCCCCACACGAUGGCGACCAAGGAGUAGGAGUACCCGCACCACAGGACCCAACUGCAGGUGGUGCUGGUGACCAGCUGUUGGCACACGAAGCGCCAGCAAGUGUUCCAUCAAAUGGAGCACUAGAAGAACAAGACCAACCAUGGAGUCCAAUUCCGGGGCAGCAUUUAACCCAACAGCUUCCUCCGACCAAAACAAAAGAAAUCAACGAAAUACAAGAGGACGGAGAUGAUUGCAGCGAAUGACAUAUUUGCAGUAUAAUCGAGUAUUAUAUAGUGCUUAAAAAUGUCAUUGAUGUACUUUUACUGCCCGUUUUCAGAAAGAUUGCACGCCUCCUUUUCAGUGACCACGUGUCUUCUCAACGUUGAGCAUGUACACGCUCUGGUUUGUUGGAUUUAUCUCUGAAUUCUAUGUCUGUAUGUUGAACUACCAAGUGAAUGCCCUCUUUGAAACUAAAUGUUUUCUGUAUUUGCAAGUACUAUAAAUUAUCCUUAUGCAAGUGCUUCUUUGCUUUGUGAGGAUUCCAACACUGAUUUGUGUACAGCCACCACUAGGACUGCAGUUCUGUUGCUGUUCCAAACGAUACAAAGUCACUUCUCCUAGAAAAUAAAGGUGGGUUUACUUUAGAAAGGGUCUUGAUCAAUACUCAGGAGUAGGUCCUGUAAGAAAUGUGCCGAGCGCCGGCAUUUCCAGCGGAACCCUUCUUCUUUCCCCUCCUGUUGUAUCCCUAAACUUGGUUACUUCAUGUAUGCCGGUAAUGGAUAGGGGAUCGGCCCUGUUGGAGAAGUGGGAUGCAGGCCCACAUGAUGGAUUUCUAUUAGGCUAGAGGGUAACAGAAUACAAGAGCACCAGAACCGUAUGUGCGCAUUGCCAUACCGCUCUCUUACUGUUCUUUCUCUAUAUAUAGAGCUUAUUUGUUAUUUGUGAUGGGCCUAUUGUGCUGGAACGAACGGCGGAUCUGCUGGUUUGUACGGUGUCUUUUUUAUAGCAUUAGAGCGUCUCCAGCCGCGUCCCCAAACGAUUUUUUCACGCCGACGUUUAAAAAUCGGCGCAGUCGUACCUUCAGGAGCCCGUUUUUCGCCGGUUUGGCCGAAAAUGGCGUUGACGGACCCAGGCCGAACCCGGCGCGCU